GGGCCCGCGCGCGCCGCCGCCUUCCUGGCCGUGCUGGUGGACAGCGCACCGCGGGCGGCCGAGCGGCGCAGCGUGGUCCGCGGCACGUGGCUGGCGGCGGCGCGGCGCGGCGGCCCGGGCGACGUGUGGGCGCGCUUCGCCGUGGGCACUGACGGCCUGGGCGCCGAGGAGCGGCGCGCCCUGGAGCGCGAGCAGGCACGGCACGGCGACCUGCUGCUGCUGCCCGCGCUGCGCGAUGCCUACGAGAACCUUACGGCCAAGGUGCUGGCCAUGCUGGCCUGGCUGGACGAGCACGUGGCCUUCGAGUUCGUGCUCAAGGCGGACGACGACUCGUUCGCACGGCUGGACGCGCUGGUGGCCGAGCUGCGUGCCCGCGACCCCGCGCACCGCCGCCGCCUCUACUGGGGCUUUUUCUCGGGCCGCGGGCGCGUCAAGCCCGGGGGCCGCUGGCGCGAGGCCGCCUGGCAGCUGUGCGACUACUACUUGCCCUACGCGCUGGGGGGCGGCUACGUGCUUUCGGCCGACCUGGUGCACUACCUGCGCAUCAGCCGCGAGUAUCUGCGCGCGUGGCACAGCGAGGACGUGUCGCUGGGCGCCUGGCUCGCACCAGUGGACGUGCAGCGCGAGCACGACCCGCGCUUCGACACCGAGUACAAGUCCCGCGGCUGCAGCAACCAGUACCUGGUGACGCACAAGCAGAGCCUGCAGGACAUGCUGGAGAAGCACCAGACGCUGACGCGCGAGGGCCGCCUGUGCAAGCAGGAGGUGCAGCUGCGUCUCUCCUACGUCUACGACUGGUCCGCGCCGCCCUCUCAGUGCUGCCAGAGGAAGGAGGGCAUCCCUUGAGCGCAGCCCCCUCACCCGGGGCUCCGAGGGCACCGCAGCUGCUCUGCGCACCGCACGUCGGCGCUGGAGGAGAGGCCAGGACAGACGCCUCGGGAGGUGGCCGCUGCAGUGAGAGUCACUUGGGGGCCUGUGGGGCGCCAGCUGAGGUAGCCUCCUACUGGCGUUCCACUGGCAAAGCCGACAGGUUCCAGGUAGUUAUCUGGGAUGAAUCCAGCCCUGGAAGGGAUCUGGUUUGUCCAGUGACUGGUGGAGCUUUUGGGCAGAUGCCAAGUGGCAGUGGCCAAAUCCUGGGUCCCAGCUCCAGUCUGGGUCCAGAGCUGUGCACCUCAGUGGCCAUACAUGUGGGCUCACUCAAGAGCAUCUUCUUUUGAGCCUGGGAGACCCCUGGGGCUUGCCAUGGCAAUGCAUCAUGGCCAGGUAGAAAUGUCCUGUCUGGAUUUCAGCCUUCGUUUGCCUGUACUGGCAACAUGCCCAGCUUUGGGGUGAUGGCAGGCAGAGCCUCCCAAGUCUGCAGGGGCUUGCAGCCACCCCGGCCUGUCCACUUGCUGUCCUGUUCCAAGGUGGGGGCAAGGAGCAAGAGGCUGGAGCUCACAGACACUUGUAGAAUCGGACCCAAAAGAAUCCUGACUUCAUCUGGGGUGGGGACUGUGUCACAUCCCACGUCUGCCGUGCUGACCGUCCACUUGGGAAGUCUCCCUGCGCCGAGAGCUGUGGCUGCUGUAAACUGACCUGCAGGCCCUGGCGUGCCGCAGGCCAUCUGUCUUGCAAUCCAACGGCUUUUCUCAAAAUUACUGUUCCUUUGUUUAGUUAGGUUCCAUUUUUUCGCGUCUCAGGUGGGCGUCAUUUGUCAUGUGUCAAGUCUAAGACUUAACUGUGUUUUAUGUUAACUACUUGUAGGCAUUUUGGUCUGUGUGUGGCCCUAGAGUGAAUUUGUGGUAAAUGUAAUUCAGCAGUUGCCUGUGAUUUAUUUAUAAUUGUUGUAAAUUUGUGGGACUGUG